AUGCCAAGAGCAGAAAGAUAUAAAAAAGAUUCAGCAAAAGCAUUAGCGAAAGUAGCUGCUAAACCGGGUCAAUCAAAAAUAACAUCGCUGUUUGCAAAAGGAAACACAGGCCAUGAUUUUGAUUCUGCUUCAACAAGCGGAAUUGACACUGUAAUAACUGUCUAUACUGAAAAAGCCUCAGACUGGGAGUUACAAAAAUGGUCCAAACCGAAAAGUCUGAUUGGUGAAACAGAAAAGAUAUGCAUGAAAACGACAUGGGUAAAACAUGAGAAAGACUUUACAAGCGAAGACAAGGAAAGUAGUGUGAAGCAUGGUCGAUAUUUCCAAGGUCAGUGGUUACGAAAUUAUGAGUGGCUAGUGUACAAUCGAGAAAAAAAUAAGGCUUUUUGCGAAAUUUGUUCUACUCACUUUAAGAUAAAGGGAGUGUUUGGCAGUUAUGAAGUUGGAUUUGAUAACUGGAAAAAAGGCUGUGAGAAAUUCAACGAACAUGAAAACAGUUACGCUCAUAAAGAAGCUUGUGCCACAUCAGACAAAGGGCAAUUGUCUAUUAGCAUAGCCUGCAGUUCACUUGCUCUUGAAACGCAGCAGUUAAGGCGGAAAGGGUUAAUUUCGCAUCUUCAAACAUUAAAAACACUCUUACGCCAAGGUAUAGCGAUUAGAGGUAGAACGGAUUUUGAAUCUAAUAUUCAUCAGUUCAAUCUUGAUAAAGCUAUCAACGACAAGGCACUAAAACUUUUACUGGACGAGAACCGAUACGUAACUGCACACGACAUCCUGGACGAGCAGAAACAGAUGAUUGUAUUAAAUGCUCGAAGACAUUUGAUUGUUAAAAUUCUAGUGAGAGAAUCAUUUUCAAUUCUAGCUGACGAAUCAUCAGACGUAUCUAAGAAGGAACAGUUGUCUUUCUCCGUAAGGACCUGUGAUGAUAAUUACGAAGUAUCGGAAGAUUUUGUUGGAAUUUAUGAAUGUUUGCAAGGGCUUUCAUCUGAUGCAUUACUGUACUACACCAAAGAUAUCCUUCUCAGAUGUGGUAUGGAAGGUCACAAAAUGGCAGCUAUGGGCUUUGAUGGGGCUUCAGCAAUGAAAUCCCUCGCAAGAAAGCUCAAGGAAGAUGUUGCACCAAACGCAAUUUAUGCAGAUUUUAGAAAUGAAACAGGAACAAACGAUUACAAAGUUCUACGACUCCAAAGUCUUUCUACAACGAGAUGGACAACAAGAGUAAAGGCUGCUGACGUCAUCUUCGAGAAAUCGGCUGAACUACAUGCAACCCUUGAAAAAUUGCAGGAAGAUCCUAGCAUUUCGGCAGACACAAAAGCAAAGAUUAGAGGAAUAUUAAGGCGACAGCUAUCUUCCUUAAUCGUCAUCUUUAAUUUAAACGCGACAAGAAAGCUAUUGGCUUUACUCGAGAAGCUUUCUAAAGAGCUCCAAGCGGUUGAUAUUUCAGCUGUGUACGCUCUAUUUUCAAUAAGACAUGUCCUGCAACGUCUUCAUGAGAUGAGAAGCGAAGAAGAGUUUGAGCGUACACUUGAUGACGCUUAG